AUGCAGACUGCUUCUACAAACAUUUGUGAAAGACUGUGCAAUAAGUCCAUCAGUGAAAUUUCCUUGCUACUAAAUAUUCCACGGUCAACUGUUAGUGGUAUUAUAGCAAAGUGGAAGUGACUGGGAACAAUAGCAACUCAGCCAUGAAGUGGUAGGCCACGUAAAUUUACAGAGCAGGGUCAGCACAUGCUGAAGUGCACAGUGCGCAGAAGUUGCCAACUGUCGACAAACUCAAUAGCUAAAAACCUCCAAACUUUGUGUGGCCUUCAGAUUAUCACAACAACACUGUGUAGAGAGCUUCAUGGAAUGGGUUUCCGUGGCCGAGCAGCUGCAUCCAAGCUUUACAUUACCAAGUGCAAUGCAAAGCAUCGGAUGCAGUGGUGUAAAGCACUGGGCUCUGUA